CUGAUUUUCACAUUCACCACCAACCUCGUCACCAGUCGAAUAAUCCCCUCACCAAACACAAAUAGACAUAGUGUCGAUAACGAUAAUUAUAAAUUAUAAUCUAAUAUAAAAUCAAAACCAACUCCUCACGAAACUAUAGUGUCUUGAUUAUAUUAUUACUUCUUGAAAUUGUUUACUAUAACCCUACGCAUCUUUCCUCAGCUGCUGCAAUCUCUGAUUUUUUCUUCAACAGUUCAAUCAAGAAACAUGGCUUCCAUUUUCAAGAUCCCCUCUUCAAGUAUUAUUCAUUCAUCCACUGGUUCUAGGUCCAACAGAUCUUCUGACCAGCACAGGUUCUUAGUUGAUCUCCGGACCAAAACCGCCUUUGAUGUCAGACUUUCAUCAUCCAAAUUGUCCCUGCGCACCGCCUAUUCCCCCGGUGUCUCCUUGGUUGUCAGAUGCUCACAAAGUGAUGGAAAUGGAAGCACUUUGAAAAGAACAACUCUUCAUGAUCUUUACGAGAAGCAAGGGCAGAGUCCAUGGUAUGAUAAUCUGUGCCGUCCUGUAACUGAUCUUAUCCCGUUGAUUGAAAGUGGAGUCAGAGGUGUAACCAGCAACCCAGCUAUUUUCCAGAAGGCAAUAUCAACUUCAAAUGCAUACAACGAUCAAUUCAGGGAACUUGUACAAACUGGAAAAGACAUUGAAAGUGCAUACUGGGAACUUGUGGUGAAGGAUAUCCAAGAUGCCUGUAAACUCUUCGAGUCAAUUUAUGAUCAAACAGAUGGCGGUGAUGGUUAUGUUUCUGUUGAAGUUUCACCUAGACUUGCUGAUGAUACUGAAGGAACUAUAGAGGCUGCAAAAUUGCUUCAUAAGAAGGUCGAUCGUAAAAAUGUGUACAUAAAAAUUCCUGCUACAGCUCCAUGCGUCCCUUCCAUCAAGGAAGUCAUUGCAAAUGGAAUAAGUGUCAAUGUGACGCUCAUAUUCUCACUUGCUAGAUAUGAAGCCGUUAUCGAUGCUUACCUUGAUGGUCUUGAGGCGUCCGGGCUGAGUGAUCUCUCCCGUGUCACUAGUGUAGCUUCUUUCUUUGUUAGUCGAGUUGACACUCUUGUUGACAAGAUGCUUGAGAAAAUUGGAACACCUGAAGCUCUGGAUAUCCGUGGGAAGGCUGCAAUUGCUCAAGCAGCUCUAGCUUAUCAGGUCUACCAGAAGAAAUUCUCUGGUCCGAGAUGGGAUGCUUUGGUGAAGAAAGGUGCCAAGAAGCAGAGGCUGCUAUGGGCUUCAACUAGUGUCAAGAAUCCAGCUUACCCUGACACCCUAUAUGUGGCUCCUCUAAUUGGACCUGACACUGUUUCAACUAUGCCCGAUCAAGCACUCCAAGCAUUCAUUGACCACGGUUCCGUUGCAAGGACAAUUGAUUCUAAUGUAUCGGAAGCCGAGGGCGUCUAUAGUGCCCUUGAGAAAUUAGGUAUCGAUUGGAAAUUUGUCGGUCAGCAACUUGAGGCUGAAGGCGUGGAGUCUUUCAUGAAGAGUUUCGAUAGCUUGCUUGACAGUCUGCAAGAGAAGGCGAAUUCUCUCAAGCUUGUCAGCCUUUAAGCAGUAUAAGUUAUCGAGUUUAGUCGAAGGACGAGUUAAUAAAGUGAUUGGUUUUCCAAUCAGAGUUUGCUGUAAAGCCUGUUAGUGAGUGUUCUAUUAGAGUGAAAUGAUGUAUGCUUAAGUUCUUGUAAUUUUCCUUGGACAAUCAUGUUGGCAUGUUCGUACCAGAUAUUAACUUGUUUGAUAAUCCAAGUUUUAAGAUUUGUGAUGUGAGA